CCAAGAUACCGGCCGGCGUCGACUCGGUUAGCAUAUAGCCUAGGGACACUACCAUCUUGCCUAGUAGCAACGACUAGAAGCGUUCGUAGGGCGGGUUCUGGACGGCCCUGAGUGCCGAGGAGGUGAACAGUACGACGCCGAUCGAUAUGACCACGGCCACCCCGACGCCAACCGUCGGUGGGACCGGCGCUUCGGGCCCUGACUCGAAGGAGAAGCAAUCUUGGCUGUCGACUGGGGCGAUCGCGGGAAUUGCCAUCGGCUCAGCCGUUGCCGGGAUGGCGCUGGUUGGGAUUGUGGUGCUGUUCUGGUGCCGGGGGAGGAAGCGCCAAGUGGCUCCUCAAGCCGGGGAGAUCCAAGCUGCUCCGCCGGCUGUUGGCACUUCCUACUAUGACGGGAAAGAGCCCGGCUGGGGCGGGGUAAUGGCUGAAGCGCCAGAUUCAUUGCACAAGAUUCAUGAAAUGCCGCCGCCGGACAGAGUUUAUGAGAUGGCGGGUGAUCAUCCUGAGGCCAUCGGGUGGGGCUUGGCGCGGUGAUGCUUUCCAGGCUCAUCCUUUGACUGUUUCCGACUAGUACUGUUACUUCAACCCGUCAAGUGUAUAUAUACUUCAUUUAGGAAUGCGACUGAGGGACACCAAGAGUUUCAUGGAUGUAGAUUUUUUGUUUGGUUAGGUCCUUAAUCCAUG